CGAGCAGCAAGGAAGCGGCAGGUAUAUCUAUCUAUAUAGUAGAGUAGGCUAGCAGGUACCGCGCAGCUAGCCAUGGCUGCCUCUGCUUCUUGCCUGCUUAGCCUCUUGGUGGUGGUGGUGCUGGCGGCGCUGGCCUCGGCGCAGCUUUCGUCGACGUUCUACGACACGUCGUGCCCCAGCGCGCUGUCCACCAUCAGCAGCGGCGUGACCGCGGCGGUGGCGCAGGAGGCUCGCGUGGGGGCGUCGCUGCUCAGGCUGCACUUCCACGACUGCUUUGUGCAGGGCUGCGACGCGUCCGUUCUGCUGAACGACACGUCCGGGGAGCAGAACCAGAUUCCGAACCAGACUCUGAAUCCUAGGGGCUUCGAUGUCUUUGACAGCAUCAAGGCGCAGGUGGAGGCGGUGUGCCCGGGGAUCGUCUCCUGCGCCGACAUCCUCGCCGUAGCCGCCAGGGACGGAGUGGUCGCGCUCGGCGGGCCUUCGUGGACAGUUGCACUGGGGAGAAGGGACUCCACUGCUUCGUUCCCGGCACAGACGAGCGACCUCCCGCCUCCUACGUCCAGCCUCCAGCAGCUUCUGCGCGCGUAUAGCAAAAAGAAUCUCAACCAAACCGACAUGGUUGCUCUCUCAGGUGCUCACACGAUCGGACAGGCGCAGUGCUUGAGCUUCAACGACCACAUCUACAACGACACCAACAUCAACCCCGCCUUCGCCAUGUCGCUGAGGACCAACUGCCCCGCGUCCGGCAGCAGCAGCCUGGCGCCUCUGGACGCCAUGACGCCCACCGCUUUCGACAACGCCUACUACACCAACCUGCUGUCCCAGAGGGGCCUCCUGCACUCGGACCAGGAGCUCUUCAACAACGGCAGCGCCGACAGCACGGUCAGCAGCUUCGCGGCCAACGCCGCAGCCUUCACCAGCGCUUUCGCCACGGCGAUGGUGAAGAUGGGGAACCUCAGCCCACUCACCGGGUCACAGGGGCAGGUCAGGAUCAAUUGCUGGAGGGUCAACGGCUAGGACGGACGGACGGACGUUAUUAGCAGACGACUGAGAACGAACGAUCAUAUCUAUCUCUACUACUUCUAUACUAUACUUAAAGCACCAGUUUCAACGGUUGUCGUGCGUCAUUUUUUUAC